UUGGCUUAUUCAAUAAACUAAUGAAGAUUAACUUUAAGACUUGAACAUCAAUACUCAUUUCUCUGGUUUAUUAUCAGUCGUAAAGGAAGAAAGGAGGAAAGCGAAUAACCGAAUGACAGCGCAUCAGCAGUCGGAACGAAAACAUUAUUCAUUGAUUAAAUCUGGUUUUAUUCGUUUCUUUCGUAGGAUGUGAUAUUCUUUGGACAGCUAGUUUUAGGAAAUGAUAGGCAUUAUUCAACUUCAUCGAGAUAAUUGAGUGCAUUUCAAAAGUUACAUUUUUCGAUGCUGAAAAUGGAAACGAACGAAAACAUUCGAUAAACAGCAUCCGUGUUUGUCCAAACUUAUCCAUCGUGGCCAAAAUUCAAGUGUCAAUCUACCCGGGAGGCGUAAGUCAUCCGAAGCCAGCAGGAGGAACCAUGUUUCGAUUACGAGUGAAAAUAUUCUACAUUUACAUCAUCAUAUCGUUUAUGUUGUCGGUUUAUCUGUUUUACCUGAUAUCGAAGUAUUCGGUGGAGAAAUUUAUCAAUUACCAACGCAGUGUGAGAAGCAGCAAACUGAGGGAUCGGCCACGCAUACCACAAAUCGUUGGACACUACGUUGGAGUCGGCUCGGUAGGGAACGUAUCGAAAGAUUUCCUCAACACCAAUAAUUUUGCUCCGGUGCCGGGAGUUGGCGAGAAUGGAGACCCGGUGGUAAUUCAAGCAAAAGAUCUGCUUCUCAUGCAGCAGUUGUUUCAGAUCAAUCGAUAUAACUUAUUGGCCAGUGAUCGGGUGGCUUUGAACCGGUCACUGCCGGACGUGCGAAAGUCCAAAUGUGUGAGCAAAGAGUAUCCUUCCAAGUUGCCAACGACGUCAAUUAUUAUCGUCUUCCACAAUGAAGCAUGGUCGGUAUUGCUGCGCACGGUUUGGAGUGUGAUUAUUCGUUCGCCGAGGCAUUUGAUAAAAGAGAUUUUGCUGGUAGAUGACGCCAGCGAUAGGAGAUUUCUGAAAAAUGAUUUGGAGAAUUACGUGCAAAAGCUUCCGGUUGUGAUUAGUAUUUUGAGGUUGAAUAAACGAGAAGGACUGGUAGCUGCUAGAUUGAUGGGAGCUAGAGUUGCAACGGGAGAUACUCUGACGUUCUUGGAUGCCCAUUGUGAGUGUUCUCCGGGCUGGUUGGAACCGUUGCUGGCACGGGUGCAGGAGAACCCCAAGAAAGUAGUUUGUCCAGUGAUAGACAUCAUUUCGGAUGACAACUUUUCCUACAUCAAGAGCUUCGAGUUCCAUUGGGGUGCGUUCAACUGGCAGAUGCAUUUUCGGUGGUAUACUUUGAGCGACGAAGAACUGGCAGAAAGGCGGAAGGAUACGACUAUGCCGUUUCAUACGCCUGCAAUGGCCGGAGGGUUGUUCACGAUUGACCGGAAGUAUUUCUUCGAUGUCGGGGCAUACGAUGAAAGGUUGAAGAUCUGGGGAGGCGACAAUCUGGAGAUGUCUUUCCGUAUAUGGCAGUGCGGUGGAGAAAUCGAAAUUGCUCCUUGUUCACAUGUGGGACACUUGUUUAGGAAGAGCUCGCCGUACACCUUUCCUGGUGGUGUCAGUGGAAUCCUCAAUGAAAACUUGGCGCGAGUUGCUCUUGUUUGGAUGGAUGAUUGGGCCAAAUUUUUCUUCAAAUUCAACAAAGGCACGGAAGAAUUCAAAAGUUUGAACGUCUCCUCUCGCGUUGCACUCAAAAAGCACCUGAGUUGCAAGUCCUUCGACUGGUACUUGCGCAAAAUAUGGCCGCAGAACUUCUUCCCCGCACCCAACAAAUUUUUCGGCCGUAUUCAACCAAUCGAUCUCAGCACGUUUGACCACCAGGAGUAUAUCACUCUCAUGAAAAAGAUCAAUUUGAUUGUCAAAAAUUUGAACCCAGAGCUGAAAUGGAAGUUCCUCAUCAAAUAUCUCUCAGAAAACGUGAAGAAAAUCGGCGAUUCCAUGAAGGCCGCCAAACACACUUCCUUCUGUCUGCAGAAGCCCAAAUCUAAUUCGAUCAUCAACCAACCGUAUGGACAGUCAUUCCUCAAGAAGUGCUCCCUUUUGAUAAACGUGUUGGAUGAGCAGUUUGUUAUAGACGACUACGGUCGCGUAAUGACUGAUGAAGGCGUCUGCUUGGACUCUUUCCGCAAGACUUCGGUAGAUGGAGAACAAAUCAUCGAAGAGGCUAGGAAGAUCAAGAUGGUGACUUGUGGAAGCAAUAAAUCCGCCCAACGGUGGGUCUACGAGACUGAUACGUAUCACGUGCGGAACAUCGACAGCAAUGACUGUCUGGAGCGGGGUGUUACCCUAAUCAAGGAUGACCCCGAGGACAAGCUGGAGGUUCUUCUGAAUCCGUGCGACGUGCGAAAUGAACUGCAAAAGUGGAUGCUAUUUCCGGUAGCUUGGAAGUAACUGCAUCGCACACUGUAAACCCGGGCACAAACAUUUUACUGAAUGCACUAGUUAACACAAACAUGCCACAAGCACAGACACGCUGAUAUAAAGACAUAAUUUCAAUAAUGCUCAACUGCUACCAACAGUAUUUUCAAGAAUCUCUUGACCCAACAAGGUAUUUCACAAUAUUAACUGACAGCAUAUUAUAAGAAAUCAGAGAAAAACGUAAGAUACCAUGCCAUUUGGACGUUAACAGACUAAUAGUGUAAUUUCGAAGCAUUCCCGUUAACCUAGAUGUACUUAAUUUGAAUGUGUUCUUUCAGAUGGUUUAUGAUUUGGUUUUCGGUUUGCUCAUCUGAUGUGUGUUUCUUGUGUUGAAUUGUCUCCUUAUUGAGUUUCAAAUGGUUGAUUGUGUUACGGUUAAGUUUUAAUCUGUGAUAUUAAAGCAUUCAAGAUCGAUACAAAUAAUAUGAAUAAAUCUUUGUACUAGUUCACUAA